AUCGACGAACGUUAAAAAAAGAGGUCUAUUCGUUUUUCAGCUUUCGACACGAUCUCGGACUCCCAUCGCAGUUUCAACAAGCACAAUUCCUAGAGAGAAGUGCUGCGCGAACACAAACGUAGUGAACAAUGAGGUUAAUCUAAGUAAAUUGGUCAUUGGUCAAGCGAUGAAUUUUAUUCCUCUCGAGCUAAGGCUUCGCUGGUAGAAGUUGUGAAGAAAAUUUAGGUCCGCGCAAUAAAAAAUGCAAUUAUCGCGAAUGUCUUGAAAAAGAAGGACAUCAGAUAAAAAAGGACAGAAGGACAAACAUCAAAAAAGAAGGACAUGUCCUUCCAAAGAAGGACGUCUGGUCACCCUGUUUUGAAAAGACACGAUCCGUUCAUGAAAAACCGAACUCUACUUGAUUUUGCAUCGUCAGUAUCGCCAAAAGGUGAAGAGAGGGAUAUAUUUGAAAAUGAGCUCAUGGGUCAGCAAAUACCUCUUCAAAUCCCACCAAAUCCAUUACCAAAUACAAGUUCUGGUGCCAGAAAUGUACAAAGAAAACUAACAGGUUCUGUGGAUACUAUUGUACGUAGAAAAUGACGGAUCAGAAAAUUGUACAAAUUCACGUCGCAAGUUGAGUGCUAUUGCAAACUAUGAGCGUUUUAUGCAAAGUGAAGUGAAUCGUAUCCCCCGUUUCCGGACUUCCUAGAACUGUCGGCCCCAGCAAGGGCACUUCUCCAGGACACUCCUUGAUUGCUCUCAUUUGCAUCGCAGCGUUAUUGUAUGAGGUUUCCACUGCGUGGUGCUAGAAUCCAGAACGCUUAUUAACUGAUACUAAAAGAAGAUGUACUUGAAGCCGCCUUUGGCCAAUGUAAAUGAGCAGUUGCAGUUUAGUUUGGUAUUGUUGGUGCUGGCACUUCUCGUGCAGGAAGAAGUUGAAGCAAAGAAGGUCAUAAUCCAUGUGCCCUACCACGUGAAAAACUUGAAGCACACCCACACAAUUUACAAGAUUAUUCCGCACCACGAGAAAAAAACAGAAGAACAUAGUUUCGUCGAUGGACAAAAUUACCAAUAUCAAAAAUGAUAAUAUCUUCAAAGAACAGAACUUUAAUUUUUAUACCGAAUAUUCACAUUGUUAGGUGAAAACGAGUCCAAAGAAUAGUGAGCAUUAUCGUACAAAUCUAUUCCAUAUAUUGUAAUUUAGUCAUUCCGUUGUACCAUUGCUGUGUUAACUUACGUGCAUGAAAAGUAUGAUAUGUAUACUAUAAUAAGAAACCUUGUAAAAAUGUAUGUAAUGGAAUAAAGUGUGCAGACCACAAUGAA